CAGUUAGGAAUAUUUUUUCAUUCUCUUUGUCAGAGUCGGAUUAAAAAUCAGUUUUAUAUUUUAGCUCGCGUUUAUUUUCUAUGAAGUAAAAUCAUCAAUUUUUCUGUAGAUUUAUCAAUCAAAGAUCAUGAAUAAGUACAAGCUAUCCCGAAGAGGUCGGAAAUUGCAAUCCUCAGAUGACCAAAGGAUUUUGGUGGCAUUACCAAAGGAAGUACCGGAAAGGACUUGGGCUGAAAUCCUGCAGAAAGAGGAGAAUGACCUCAUGAUCUUCGAGAUCCGGGAGGACAUCAUAGAAGAAGCCAUGAACAUAUGUUACAGCAAAUACAUGGAGAGACAGACUGCUGAGUUCACGGUCCACUGUGCCGCUGCGGCCUGGUUGAAGCUGAUCAACUGGGAAUUCUACCGUCACGAUCCAGGCGAAGACCCUAGCGCUUACCCCCCCUGCUAUAUCCCCAAGCGGCUGGAGUCCUGGAUCCCGGACGACCUUCCGGAACCCUCGCCCAAAGACAGCUGGUGCAAACAGGACCUGAUCGUGGUCGAGGAAUCCAUAGACGAGCCGCCGCAAAAGGCGACCAGCAGCGAGUCUUUGGAGAUGCCGAAAAUUGAACCUAUACCUUCGGAAUAUUGGUUCCCAGGUAAAAUUAACGUCCCAGAGGAAAUGAGAUGGCGACGUGACAAGCCAGUGUCUGCGAGCGACAUUAUCACGAGCACGCCGUCGAUAAGCACUGAUGAGAUGGUAGGCGCUGAGAGUGAGAUUCUGCAGAGAGUUACAGAUUACAGCAGUGAAGAUAUCUCUCCGACUGAUUCUCAGUUCAGCGCGUUGAAGACGACCACGCCGGUGGAAGCGUCGCUCAGGGGCGCCGGCGACUCCGUCGUGGACAAGAUCCGCCCCAAGAGGCAUCACUCUGAGAAGAGCAGGAUGUUCUCCAAGGGCGUUAUGUCGGGAAGGUCGAAGAAUUUCCUGGCUCCCCUCGACCUUGGCGAUUCUCGGUCCCGCAUCAGCAUCAUCUCCGACUGUCGUCUGAGGAAUUUAAGAUUGGACACACAGUUUGAGGUUACUUCGGAAAAAAUGGACACCCCUCCAGGUGAGAACGUAAAAAGGAAGUAAGGAAUCGAACUUUCUAAUGACAUUACAUUUUUCAUUGUUAUUGUUUCAUAAUAACGCGUUCACAAGACUUCUACAUACAUGCAUAUGGUCACGUCUAUAUCCCUUGCGGGGUAGACAGAGCCUACAGUCUUGAAAAUACUGAUAGGCCACGCUCGCCUAUUUGGCUUAAUGAUAGAAUUGAGAUUCAAAUAGUGACAGGUUGCUAGGACAUCGCCUACAAUAAGAAUCCCAAGUUUGUAAGCCUAUCCCUUAGUCGCCGUUUACGACAUCCAUAGGAAAGAGAUGGAGUGGUCCUAUUCUUUUUUGUACUGGUGCCGGGAACCACACGGCACAAGACUUUUAAUGGUUUUAAAGAGGGAAAAAAUAAUUGAAUGCCUGUAAAGAACCAAUAUGAACCAAUACGGCUAACUAGAGAUUAUUUUUGUAGGCGAUGCAUAUUCAAAUGCAUACCAAUAUUGUAAACUAGCUAUCCCCCCGGCAGCAUUUACGCAAAUGAACAUUCCUCUUAAAUAGAAUAUAAUAGAUUUAUUUUCAAAAUUGGAUACAAGGUAGGUAUCACUUAUUGACGUCUCAUAACUUAAAUCUAAUUAUAACUACUACCGCUUCCAAAGCGCAUGUGUAGUGCGCAGAAGAAGCGGCGGAACAAACUACACUGCAGCAUUUUCAUCGGACGUCUAUUUACAAAUAUAGAUCUCUUAAAUCUAAAUCGUGGACGAAUGCACAUUGUCUACAUUAAAAAACAUGAAUGAAUGUAGAACUAAUUAUGUCAAUAUGAAUAUUUCGUCAUUUGAAUCUUUAUGUAUUAAAAAGAAAACAAAGUCAUACAUACAGACAUAAGGACAGACGCGAAAAGCGACUUUGCUUUAUACUAUGUAAGGCUACAUUAAAUUUUGCAGACAUGUAGUGGACGAGUACGGAUCGAACAUGGUAGUAAUUUUCACACGGACAUAGCCGCGGGCGUAAUUUAGUGCCACGACACAGCCUCAUUGUAAUAUUUUUGAUUAAAUUUCUCCUAUAAUAUAUAUACUCGUAAAUCUUAUUUUACGUGAUUAAAAUAACAUUGGAGAAUUAAAAUAAUUAUCCUACUACUAUUAUAAAGGCGAAAGUUUGUAUGGAUGUAUGGAUGUUUGUUACUCUUUCACGCAAAAACUACUGAACCGAUUACCAUGAAAUUUGGUAUGUAGGUAGCUGAAGACCCAGAAUAACACAUAGGCUACUUUUUAUCCCAGAGUUCCCGCGGGAUUGAUAGGGUUUCCAUGCGGACGAAGUCGCGGGCGGCCUCUAGUAUAAUAUAAAGUUACAAUGAGUUAAUCUACAUGCAUAAAUUUGCAAGUUUUUAUAUAUACUUACACCAGCUGUGCCCGCGACUUCGUCUGCGUGGUAUAGUUAUUUUGGGCAUCAUUGAUAAAGCCCUCAAGGAUAAAUAAUUUUCCCCGCUUUUUUUCACAUUUUCCAUUGUUUCUUCGCUCCUAAUAGUUGCAGCGUGAUGUAAUAUUGCCUAAAGCCUUCCUAAAUAAAUGGUCUAUUCAACACAAAAAUAUUUUUUCAAUUUGAACCAGUAGCUCCUGAGAUUAGCACGUUCAAACAAACAAACUCUUCAGCUUUAUAAUAUUAGUAUCUAUAGAUAACCUAUGCUCAUGUAGCCAGGGAUUAAUGGCUGGAAAUAAAAAAAUAGUGAUGGUUACUAAUUCUAUCGCCUAAAAGAAGAAUUUUAAAGCCCAUUAUUAAGUGCCGUGUGGUUCCCGGCCUUUCCAUUGAUUGACCUUGGUCAACGUUAUUCCUAAUUUGAAUUGUCAUAAGAUGCAUUUUUUAUUACGUCAAUAUUCAUACUUCAUAACAUUAUUCAUUUGGCCAUUAUAAUUAUUUUGAAAGUCUUGUGAGCGCGAUAUAUUUUGUUGUAUUAUAAUUUAAAAAUCAUGUACGAAAUGUCAUAUUAUAAAUUGCAACUAAAUUUUUGUAAAAAUAUACAAAUAUAAAUAUAAUAAUUUUCAACAUAGGUUUUUUUAACAACCCGUCCCAAAUGUUUGUUUUGAGAGCUAUUGUAAAAUUAAUUCAAUAUAAACAAUAUUUAUAAUGAAUUAAUAUAAUAAAUAUAAUUCAAUAUAAACAAUAUUUAUAGUGAAUUAAUUUUGCUACUUUAUAUUAGAAAUGUAUUAACAAUUUCAUAAAUUUUUCGCAAACAAAAAAAAAAAAAAAACUAUCCGAAACAUUUUUUAACGCAAAUACAGUAUUUUUCCGAGAUAAAACGAAGUCAAUGCCAUUUUCUUCACUCGCAAAUAUGAUCGAGCAAAAUAUCAUAUUUAUUAUGUAAUAAGUACUCGUAAUAUAUAAAGCGUGAACAAACAAGCACUAUUUCACAUAUAAAAUAUUGUUGUUAGAUUGUAAUAGCGAAACGGGCCGGGUUGUAAAUUAUAAUGUUACAAAUUACAAUUUAUAUUAUUGAUUUCAAACUUGCGCGUUGCAUUGUACUAAGUAUUUAUAAAUACUACACGUAUUAAACGCGUACGUAACGUUAUUUUAUUACUCGCUCGGUGACAACGGAUCAUUGUAACGUGAUUCAAAACGUAAAAAAUAAAGGUAGGUAUGUUACGUGCGCGUUUAAUACCUGUAUUAUAUAUAAAUAUUAUAUUAUUGACAUUAUAGUUGUUAUGUUACUACCAGUAUUGACUUAA